AUGGAGACGCAAGAAACCCAUACUUCAAAGAAGGAGAGGAAGGGUUUGAGGAAGGUUUGGGACAGGGUCAAAGACAUCUUUAAGCCUAAAACUGCCAUUACUGCCACAACAUCUACAUCCGCAAUUCCUGCGUCCACUUCACAGGGCCCGCCAUCUGUACGGCAAAAGCCUGAGCCUCAGCCCGAGAGCAAGUCAGAAGGUACCGCUCAACCGCCCCGGAUUGAAGUUGACGACACAGCCGAAGAGUCGCCGGUGGCCCUCGAACCUACGAAGCAGCCGCCUGCGAAGGCACCUAUUUCUGUGACCCACGACCCGCAAGACGAAGCGCAAAUGCGGUUCAGCAAAGCGCAGGCAAUCUUUGCCAAGUAUAAUCUCGAACUGAGUCCGGCCGACUGGGAUAUGAGGCCGAAACAACCUUACGAACGAGUAUCGAAAAACAUCCGAAUGAGAGUCCGAUAUACCUGCCACAGCUGUUCAACCACCUUCGGGCGCGACAGAGUGUGCGCUACUUGCCACCAUCGCCGAUGCGCCCAAUGCUCCAGAUACCCACCGAAAAGGACUGGACCUCGACAAAGACCGACAGGUUCCAAUGUGCCACAAGAUUCAACAGAAGCGCCUCCGGGUGUCGCUCUAGCCGCGCACCGAGAACUUCAAGCAGACGUUGAGUUGCCGCCCCAUGUACGCUCUACCAGGGAGCAUUAUCCGCCCGAUAGAGGUUUGCAAGAAGCCCUUAUUGCCGUGGUAGAACAACCUCCCAACCAGGCCGGCCAACCAAGAACGGGCGACGGGCGGGCUGUCUCUACGGGCUAG